CACGUGGCCAGGGAGGGAUUACGCUGAGCGAGCAGAAGGUAAACAGAUUAUUUCCGAAAUGGAGCUUGCUUUUUGAAUCUCGUCACCAUUGUCACACUUAUACCGACAGUGGAGUAACUUGGAGUUCCUUUCCAAGCCCCUUCACCUUGGCACCUUUUUCAAUCCUUCGUCCAGGUCUGCAGGGAUCAUUGACUGACUCAACGAUCAAACCAGGAUUCUAACUCCAGGAUUCUAACUCCAUCUGCUAAAACCUGGAGCCAAGACAAUAGUGAACAACCCCUCUUUUGGCUCUAGAGCCUAGAGACUUUGUCAACAGUGACAAUACAUUUUUCGUCAUGGACUCGAGAUAAAGGUUUUCAGAGAAUUUCCUUUUGUUUCCAAGUGAAAACUUUUUGGCUCUGAAAGGACCUAAACUAUUCCAUCAUGCAUUUGAGAACGGGACUGUUCCUCACCCUAUUUCUCUUUACCCUUGCAGCCCCUCGAAUCAAAGACCUACAGGUCCAAGACUUGUUUGGAAUCCGGGACGUUAAAUACAAACACUUCCUAGAGAGUCUAAGACCAGUCAAACACACCACCAAUGUCAAAAUGAUAAAGGACCUGGACAGGCAACGGACGAAGAGGUCGACGUUCUUCACCACGGGGGUUAAAAUAUGUCCUCAAGAGAAGAUGAAGGAGGUCAUCUCCAACCAUCGGGCCUACUACAAACUUAGAGUUUGUCAGGAAGCGAUAUGGGAGGCCUUCCGUAUCUUCUUGGACAGGGUUCCUAACUCCGAGGAGUACAAACACUGGACCUACGCAUGCCAGCAUGGCUCUCUCUGUCUGGAUGAGGUGGCCAGGAACUUCAGUAGUACCCAGGAACACAUUGACAUGGUGGCCAGAAGAGUUGCUGAACAGGAGAAGAUCCAGAAAGAAAGUUUGAUUGUAAAUGUUGUAAAACAUCUAUUCUUGAUUUCCAGUGGUGAAGUACCAACAGCUGGAGGAACUGAGAUUGAGAAAUGCUCGAAAACUCCAUCAGAACUGUUUAGCAUUCCGAAUGAAGCAGGGGACAUAACAGAGAUUCCAAACAUUGUACCAGAUGAGGCGGUUAUUGAGGAGCAGAUAGUGGAGUUCAGUGUCACCAUAGCUGACCCUGGCUACAGUGAACUUCUUCAGAGAGACCCUGCAGCUCCCCAGUACCAUGACAUCACACGCAAUCUCCACGAUACGAUGGUUCACGUUUUUGACAAACUUCCUGGGUAUAAAGAUCUUCGUGUUUUGGGAUUUCGGUUGGUUGAAUUUAGAUCUGAUGAUGUGUCAGUCCGCUAUGCUGUGGUGUUUGAGACGAAUGGAGAAGACCAUGACACAGAAUCUAAAACCACUCUAGAACCAGGCACAGAGACAGUUAUUUACACAAACGGGCACAGACUGAAGGAUCUGGUUUCCAAGGCCUUGAGCGAAGAGACAUCCCUGCCUGUGGACAUACAAACACUCAGUUUUGAACCUGAUCCCACUGUUUCUCUACGCAAUGAGUUGGAAGCGACUACCUUGGAGACCUUGCUAGAGGAGGUUGUUGGGCACACUGAAGGUUUCUUACCAACUGUUGCUGUCGGAGAGGAAUUUCUUAAAGAUUUUACAGACACACCCGAGGAACUCACUGUUGUGCCUUUAGGUGACUCAGUUACUGUUCUCCUCACUGAGGCUACCACUGCCUCCCCUGCCAUUGAAGUAACUCCCAAUUCUCCCCAAGAGGAACUUAGUGAGAGUCCUCCCUCAGAAGAAGUAGAGUUGCCUCCAGUGGCGGCUACAGAUGAGAUGCUUGAGGCAGAGGCUACAGAUGAGAUGCUUGAGGUAGAUGCUACAGAGGAGAUGCUUGAGAUAGAGGAACCUGCAGUGGAUGUUACAGAGGAGACGACUGAGGUAGAGGAGCCUGCAGUGGAUGUUACAGAGGAGACGACUGAGGUAGAGGCUACAGAGGAGACGAUUGAGGUAGAGGAGCCUGCAGUGGAUGUUACAGAGGAGACGACUGAGGUAGAGGAGCCUGCAGUGGAUGUUACAGAGGAGACGACUGAGGUAGAGGAGCCUGCAGUGGAUGUUACAGAGGAGACAACUGAGGUAGAGGAGCAUGCAGUGGAUGUUACAGAGGAGACGAUUGAGGUAGAGGAGCCUGCAGUGGAUGUUACAGAGGAGACGACUGAGGUAGAGGAGCCUGCAGUGGAUGUUACAGAGGAGACGACUGAGGUAGAGGAGCCUGCAGUGGAUGUUACAGAGGAGACGACUGAGGUAGAGGAGCCUGCAGUGGAUGUUACAGAGGAGACGACUGAGGUAGAGGAGCCUGCAGUGGAUGUUACAGAGGAGACGACUGAGGUAGAGGAGCCUGCAGUGGAUGUUACAGAGGAGACGACUGAGGUAGAGGAGCCUGCAGUGGAUGUUACAGAGGAGACGAUUGAGGUAGAGGAGCCUGCAGUGGAUGUUACAGAGGAGACGACUGAGGUAGAGGAGCCUGCAGUGGAUGUUACAGAGGAGACGAUUGAGGUAGAGGCAACAGAGAGGACGCUUGACGUAGAGGAGACUACAGUGGAUGUUACAGAGGAGACGACUGAGGUAGAGGCUACAGAGAGGACGCUUGAUGUAGAGGAGCCUGCAGUGGAUGUUACAGAGGAGACGAUUGAGGUAGAGGCUACAGAGAGGACGCUUGAUGUAGAGGAGACUGCAGUGGAUGUUACAGAGGAGACGUUUAAAGUAGAGGAGCCUCCAGUGGAUGUUACACAGGAGACAAUUGAGGUAGAGGAGCCUGCUGUGGAUGUUACAGAGGAGACGAUUGCAGUAGAGGAGCCGCUGGAUAUUACAGAGGAGACGAUUGAGGUAAAGGCUAAAGAGGGGACUCUUGACGUAGAGGAGCCUGCAGUGGAUGUUAAAGAAGAGACAUCUGAGGUAGAGGCUACAGAGGGGACACUUGAUGUAGAGGAGUCUGCAGUGGAUUCUACAGAGAAGACGAUUGAGGUAGAGCAGUCUCUAGUGGAUGCUACAGAGCAGACGAUUGAUAUAGAGAACACUGUGGAUGCGACAGAGGACUACCUUUGGGUUUGGCCACCAGUUACAAGAACGGCUGUUACAGAACAGCCUACCACCAAAAUGAUUACUCUCUUCCCCCCCGAGGAAGAUGCUGAGGAGACCCUCCCAACUGUUGAACCAAAGGAAGAUGAAGGACCCACAACUACUGAGGCGACUUUAGAGAAGCAACCAGACGGAGACAAUCAAAUGAUCACCACUACAGCAUCUCUACACGUAGAACCUACAUCCAUCGAAACAUUCACCACUGUUACACAAUCACCAAACAUGCCUUUAUCUGAGGAUGAUGUCAUCCAAGCAGAACCUGAGGAAGUCCCCUCAGCAAAUUUUCCCCCUGGACCUUCAGAAGGAUGGGACACUCUCCAAGAUGAGGAACCACUUGAGACGGACGUGGAUAUCUCUAAUGACUCGGACAUACAGGAGGAUGUGGAAAAGGUAGAGGACGGUACAGAAGCCGCCAAUACGCUGGACGAGUUUGGCAGUGGAUUAGAAGGCCCAUUUGAGUCCACCGCACCCCCAGCACUCACACACAUGAACACUCCUUUAAUGGCCAGUACUGGAAAAGCCAAAGAAAUGGUGGUGUUCUUUAGUUUGCGAGUCACUAACAUGAUGUUUUCAGAGGACCUGUUCAACAAAAGCUCUCCCGAGUACAGGUCAUUGGAGAAUACCUUUCUUCAGCUGAACCAGUUCUCUGAGCCCAGAGACUCGCCAAAUCCUGGAGCCAGUAAAUCUGGGACUGGGAGACAGAGGACGUUAGCUUCAAUACCGCUUCUCCCAUAUCUGCAAUCUAAUUUGACAGGAUUUAAGCAAUUGGAAAUCCUCAACUUCAGGAAUGGUAGUGUUGUGGUGAACAGCAAGAUGAAAGUAGAAAAAGAUGUGCCACAUAACCUGACACAGGCCGUUCACUGUGUGCUAGAAGACUUCUGCAACGCUGCAUCCAAACGACUAGACAUUGAGAUUGACAGUCGCUACCUGGACAUAGAACCUGCUGACCAAGCAGAUCCCUGCAAGUUCUUGGCCUGCAAUGAGUUCUCCCAAUGUGUGGUAAACAGUUGGACCCAGGAGGCUGAGUGUUUGUGUGACCCUGGCUACAGCACUACGAACGGUCUGCCCUGCCAGAGCAUUUGUAACUUGGAGGAAGAAUACUGCUUCAACGGGGGCCUUUGUGACAUCAUCCAGGGUCAUGGAGCCACCUGCAGAUGUCCUGUAGGGAAAUACUGGCACUAUCACGGAGUGCGCUGCAAUGAGCUGGUGUCACUGCCUGUAGAUCCAGCCAUUUUCAUAGCCUGCCUCGUGGGAAGCCUCACCUUGGUUUGUGCCAUCAUAGGCAUCUUGGUAUUCAUAAACAAGAAAUGUUUCGGGAACCGAAAGACUGUGACUUUAGUGCAUACAAUUGCUCCCUAUGCCUUUGAGAACACAUUGAGAGUGAACCCUGUUUUUGAAAAUGAUGAUGGCAUCUUGACUCAAGUAUCCAGCAUAAGUACACCAGCACCCUCGAGUAGUGGUACUGGUUCUUCUCAAACAUCAGAGCAAGAAGCUUUUCGCGCUAUUGAAAAUAUACAUCUAAGUAUUGAGUUCCCCAGACAGCUCUACACAACCAGACCCGACAAGCUGGUCUCUGAAAUGGUAGAUUUCCAUCACUGUAUACCACACAACGAGACAUGGCGACCACCGAAUGAGUACCGAACCUGUUGCCUGUUAAGGGCAUCAGAAAACGAAUGCUUUGAGGUAACUGUUCUUUGAUGGCUAAUUUCUUGGCACCAAGAUUCUUGGUUGCUUUGAACUUGAGCGGUAUACUCGAAAUCUAUCUUGUCUCUUGGAAAUUCACGUCAUGGCAGUGGACUCGUCAAUUACUGGAAUUACUGCAUACAUGGAGAAGUGUUCCAUGGAAUUGGAUGUUACUGGAAUUACUGCGUACAUGGAGAAGUGUACCUAGGAUUGGAUGUUACUGGAAUUACUACAUACAUGGAGAAUUGUUCCAUGGAAUUGGAUGUUACUGGAAUUACAGCAUACAUGGAGAAGUGUUUCAUGGAAUUGGAUGUUACUGGAAUUACUGCAUACAUGGAGAAGUGUACCUAGGAUUGGAUGCAUAUUGCAGACGGCGUGUGGAUAUUACAUGCUGGACUAGAAGGUUGUGUUAAGGUAUACCCAUCUAUUUAUACACGAGUAUUUUCCUAACAUUGAGUUGCACCCACCCCUUUUUACCCUCAGAACAGCCUCAAUUCGUCAGGGCAUGGACUCUUCAAGGUGUCGAAGGCAAUCCAUAGGGAUGCUGGCCCAUGUUGACUCCAAUGCUUCCCGCAGUUGUCUCAAGUUGGCUGAAUGUCCUUUGGGUUGUGGACCAUUCUUGAUACACAAAGGAAACUAAUGAGCAUGAAAAACCCAGCAGCGUUGAAGUUCUUGACACAAACUGGCUCACCUGGAACCUACUACCACACCCUGUUCAAAGGCACUUAAAUAUUUUGUCUUGCCCAUUCACCCUCUGAAUGGCACACACACAUUCACAAUUUGUCUCAAGGCUUGAAAAUCCUUAUUUAACCUGUCUCCUCCCCUUCAUCUACACUGAUUGAAGUGGAUUUAACAAUUGCCAUCAAUUUGGAAUCAUAGUGUUCACCUGGAUUCACCUGGUCAGUCUAGGUCAUGGAGAGAGCAGAUGUUCGUAAUGUUUUGUAUAUUCAGUGUAUAUUGAAGGCUAGGAAUGUUUUUCAGAUACUGUAUAUCCUUGACAAAGGGUGUUUUUCUUUCCUCACAAUGAGGUAUUUAUUUACAAAUUGAUACACAUGGUGGUAUUAUGACCUUAGAUGAGAUAUUGCUUUAAUGUUAUUCUAACCUUUGUUCAGUGUCCCAAAAAAGAAAAUGAAUGUAAAUGUUAACGCUUUUUACUUCAUUCAUGUUGUUUAAAGCAAUACUCCUGUGUGUUAUUUUAGCAUAGUGUUGUGUAGAUGCAAAAUGUAGCAAUACAUCGGUGGGGAGAAAGGCAGUACUACAGUAUACUGCUGUACGACACAUUUCCACAAAUCACGUGUGUUUUGAGUACAAGAUCAAAAACACACUUGGUGGCUUACCCCCCCCACCCUUUUACAUUUAAUAUUGAAAAAUAAAGUAUUUUCCUACAAUAUCUUAAUUUGUGGGGGUCAAUUGGUUAUUUCAUUAAAUUGCUCACAAUCAAAAUGUAUUUCAAUGAAUUUUCCAUCAACAUUGUCAAAGUAUUGUUAUUUUAUGAUGAUUAUUAGAAUAUCCAUUCAAAGUCUUUGGCUCUUUACUGCUCUUCACUUGGAUCAAACAAACAGUCAUCAGCCGUUUAGGAAGUACAAAUAGAAGUAGUCUUGCUAUUAAUUACAGUAUACACAAUGAUAAAAGGUAGACUACAUUUAUUUCCUAUAUUGCAGUGCAACAAUCAGCAUACAAU